AUGUCAAAAGAAAAGCAAAAUGGAACUGUAUCGCCUGUGAUUCCAUCAGCUAGGAGCAGCAAUCAAGCAUCAAAAGACGAGGCAUAUCUACUUAAUCGACCGAACGAACCGGAACACGAAAUGACAAUGACGGCACUGAAAGUAACACUUCAAUGUCUAGCUGAAAAGAAACCAUUGCAGAGUGGCGUGAGGGUGACGAAUCCAACGAAAGAUAAACAAAGUUAUCAGGUAUGUGUUCGUUAG